UGGUAUACGUCACGUCCACGUCAAUCGCGCGUUUUACCAGUUUGAGAUUGCGGACUGUGUCUAACCGAUAGUUUCACUUCAUAUGAAUAUAGUUUGUGUAAUAUUGUACUUUAAUUUAAUUGUAUUAGGUUUAUAAUAUGACGGAGAAAGCGGCCCCGGCUCCGCUGGCCCGCACUGUGUUGCAGCAGUGCCUCCACGCCCGGCUCCAGGUGGCCCCGCCGGGUCCGGAAUCAGAGGCGGAAUGGGUCCAGAUUGACCGGGGAAUGGUGAUCUACGUGUGUUUCUUCAAAGGGGCGACAGAAGACAUGCUGCCUAAAAUGGUGUCCGCCCUGCUGAACCAGCGUCUGUGUGAGAGGGCGUCGGGGGGGCUGGCCUCAGUGCUGGAGCUCCGGGGCAGCGUGUUGGUGGUACCCCAGGCCACGCUGGGCGGGCGGGCCAAGGGCCGGGCCAUGCAGUACCACGGGAACAUCGGCAAGGACGACGGGCUGCGGCUGUACCUGCGCUUCGUCUCGCUGUGCCAGGCCCAGCUGCAGGCGGCGGGAGGGGCUGCCCCGAGCGCAGCCGGGGGGGCGGGGGCAGAGGGGGCGGGGGCAGAGGUCAAACACGGAACCUACGGGAACCGACAGGUUCUCAAGCUGGACACCAACGGACCCUACACCCACCUGAUGGAGUUCUGACCACAACACUCUCUCCCUCUACACCCACCUGAUGGGGUUCUGACCACAACACUGUCCCUCUACACCCACCUGAUGGGGUUCUGACCACAACACUCUCCCUCUACACCCACCUGAUGGGGUUCUGACCACAACACUCUCUCCCUCUACACCCACCUGAUGGGGUUCUGACCACAACACUGUCCCUCUACACCCACCUGAUGGGGUUCUGACCACAACACUCUCUCCCUCUACACCCACCUGAUGGGGUUCUGACCACAACACUCUCUCUCUACACCCACCUGAUGGGGUUCUGACCACAACUCUCUCUCCCCCUACACCCACCUGAUGGGGUUCUGACCACAACACUCUCUCUCUACACCCACCUGAUGGGGUUCUGACCACAACUCUCUCUCCCCCUACACCCACCUGAUGGGGUUCUGACCACAACACUCUCUCUCUACACCCACCUGAGAGAGUUUAGAAUCAAACUUCUGACUCGCGUUGACUGCUGGGGAAUUUUUUUCACGACAGCUAGGUUAAUUAAUGAUAGAAAUAUAUAACGAAUAAUAUAUCAUGUGUUAUGAUACCAAAAAAAGUUUCUGGUUUGAAAAUUGAUUUAUGAAUAAUGCUUCAUAAUGUCUUAAUUUUAAAUGUAUGCUAUCAGCGUUUAGGUAUGUUUAUUAAAUAUGAUUUAUGGAUUUCAAGAACCAAGAGUUGAUAUAUUUCUCUCACCUAUAGACUUGUUAAGUCUCCUUCUCAGUUAAUUUCACAACAUGUUUGGUAUCCUCAGCUUUUUAUUUGUUACUUCGAAAGGCGGUUGAGAGUAGAGAAUGAAUCCUUCUAACAACCAGGUGUGAUGCUGUCAGUACACGCCAUCACUCAUCUGACCUCGUGUGACAUCACAAGUGGGACAGUCCAACUAAUUGCUCCAACUCCACCCCUGCCAGUUGGUAUAGUCCAGGUAGUGGCUCUAAUCUGCCGUUCAUAUAAGCGCGUUCACUCUCCUGGUAAUAACGAGAUGCCUCAUCAGUGAUCACGCUCAGCGACGUUGUGGACUGGUAAACCAGCUCUAGAUAAGGGCCAGUGUAGCCCUCCAUACCGUAGCUGUACCAUACUAUGCUACUAUAUACAAUGUGCUUCUCAUAACCAAAAGCUAAAGGACAGUAUAGGCUACAAACACAGAACCUAUGUUCCACUCCCAACAGAUGUUGGCGGCAAUCGUUGGUGAUAUAUACCGCUGACGAAUAACCUAGAUUCCGAACGCAGUGCACAUGAGCAGUCGCUGUCGGUAGAGCCGAUUUUUAAUCGUAAUUCGAAUUUAUGGUCAAUAAUCGAUUAAAAAUAUAUAUAU